AUGCAGUCCAAUGGCGCAGGGACUCCAAGGACGGAUCGCCUCUCCAUACUCAUCGAGGUUUACGGUGACAAAUUGAAUGGCCCCUCGAUGAUUAAAGCCGUGGAUAGCUCUAAUAACCCAGAAGAAAAUAUUCUGGACGACUCGUCACCUAUUAUCUAUCACUACUUGACAUUCGAAACUCCUCUUCCAUUUCCUUCGACUAGUAUAUCAACCAAGUCUACUUCUGAACCUCCACCUCCGCAACCAGACCUUCACAAGUUCAUAUCGCCAUUCCAAUGGCCCGAGUCAAGGAAGCGUUUCAUGAUCUGGCUCUCCUGCAUUGCAACAUGUAUAACAGCUUACACAGCUGGAUCUUACAGCCCGGCAGCGGCACAGAUGUCCGCAGAGUGGCACGUUAGCGAGACAGCAAUUGUGGUAGGUAUCACAACAUUCUGUUCAGGCUUCGCAAUUGCCCCAAUGGUCCUAGCCCCGUUCUCCGAAAUCAAUGGUCGCUAUCCAGUUUUCGUCGGGGCCGGUAUCCUGUACCUCAUUUGCCAGAUCUGCUGUGCGGUCACGCACUCGUAUCCCGGCAUGUUGGUUGCUAGGUUCUUUGUCGGUUGUGGAAGUUCGGUUUUCUCGACUAUGGUUGGAGGGGUGGUGAGCGAUCUGUACCAUGCCGAAGGAAGGAAUACGCCCAUGGCGUUGUUCUCUGGUUCGGCACUGGUCGGGACGGGGCUCGGGCCGCUGGUUUCGGGGUUCAUUGCUCAGCAUACGAAUUGGAGAUGGGUAUUUUGGGUUCAGGUCAUCACGGUUGGGAUCUUGAUCGCAGCGGUCACUGCGUUUUUCCAUGAGACUCGAGGCAGUAUCCUCUUGAGCAGAAAGGCUCAGACUCUAAAUCAAUGGAUGGAAGAGCGGGAAGCAGCAGCAUAUCUUGGUUUCGACAUGUCUAUUUCCUCAGACGGGAAGACAAGGACUGAAAGCCAACGUAUCAGAUGGAAAGUCAAGUCCGAUGAGGAACGAGAAAGCAUCACGAAAAUGAUCGGGAUCUCCGUCUAUAGACCUUUUCAUCUCCUCGUCACAGAACCCGUUGUAUUCUUCUUCAGUCUCUGGGUAGCUUUCGCCUGGGCAGUCCUCUACUUGACCUUUGGCUCCGUCGAACUCGUCUUCACCACAUCCCACCACUUCACCCUCGAACAAGCCAACGCCGUCUUCGCAGCCAUGAUCGUCGGCGCCACGCUCUCGACUAUCAUAUCCAUCUACCAAGACCGCAUCCUAGCCCACUACCUCUCCACCUCCGCAGCCAAGAACCCAGACGCCCCCAACCGUCUCCACCGAGCCCUCCACCUCACUUCCCCCGAAGGCCGUCUCUACUUCGCCUGCAUCGAAUCCGCCGCCCUCCCCAUCGGCCUCUUCUGGUUCGGCUGGACGCAAUUCUCCUCCAUCCCCUGGAUCGUGCCCGCGUUAGCAGUCGGCUGCGCGACAAUGGGCAUCUAUUCCAUCUACCUGGCGACCUUUAACUACCUCGCCGACACCUAUCAUCGCUACGCGAGCUCGGCUCUUGCGGCGCAGAGCUUCUGUCGGAAUAUGCUGGGCGGAGUGUUCCCGCUGGUCACAGUGCAGAUGUUUAAGGGACUGACGUUUCAAGGCGCGGCGAGCUUGCUGGGUGGGUUGGCGGCGCUGUUAACGGCUGUUCCGUGGGUGUUGGUGUUUUAUGGACCGAGGAUUCGGGCGAGAAGUAAGUUUGCGGGAGAGAUUAUGUGA